AGCUUGUCCGCCCCAGAGAGCGAAGAUACUGCGGCACUGAGUCACGGUCCUUCUCUGCUUCUCUCUCAGGUUCACAGUGUUGCUUAAUUAGGACUUCCCGGAAGAGUCGCGGUGCUGUGCGCAGCUGAGUGACGGGGCAGGGAGGCAGGAGGGGACCGCAGCACACAGCCACGGAUCCAUCCCGGGAUAUUGACAGUCCCAACAAAACAUCAGCAGAAAUUUACUGCGGAGAAGAGGAGGGAGGUUUGUCACCAUGGAAGGUUUAAUGGAGCGGCUGGAGCGAGCUGUGACUCGCCUGGAGAAGAUGUCCGUCACGAUGCAGGCGUCCAGCGGUAUGGCUAACGGGGACUGUGCCAAUGGCAUCGAUGUAGGUUUGUCUCAGUGUGUGGAGGCCUUCGAUGUCCUCCUGAGAGGUCCAGUGUCAGAGUACCUGAACUACAGCCGAGACAUCGGAAACGUGGUGGAGAAACAUGCGGACAUGGUGAACAACGCCUUGCAGACGCAGAGAACCUUUCUCAAGAUGGCUGCCUCGCAUCAGGAACCCUCACAGACCGAGCUGAAAGACCUACUGAAGCCGAUUUCGGAUCACAUCCAGGAGAUCCAGAGCUUCCGCGAACGAAACCGUGGCAGCAACCUCUUCAACCACCUGUCAGCCGUCAGCGAAAGCAUCCCCGCUCUAGGCUGGGUGGCUGUGAGUCAGAAGCCAGGUCCGUAUGUGAAGGAGAUGAAUGAUGCUGCCACCUUCUACACCAACAGAGUGCUGAAGGACUACAAGGACGUCGACAGGCGUCAUGUAGACUGGGUGCGUUCUUACCUUUCAAUCUGGACUGAGAUGCAGUCCUUCAUCAAACAGCACCACACUACAGGACUGGAGUGGAGCAUGAGUGGCCCCAUCGCUCUUCAUUCUCUCUUUGACCCCCCCAGUGCUCCCUCCUGUCCUCCUCCACCUCCCCCUCCUCCCCCUGGCCCACCUCCGGUCUUCACUGACGAUGACUCUGGGCCUCAGGCGGGCCGUGCCCAACACUCAGCGCUGUUUGCCCAGCUCAACCAGGGCAUGGACAUCACUAAAGGUCUGAAGCAUAUAUCAGAUGAGAAGAAGACCCAUAAGAACGCCAAUCUGCGUUCGCAAGCAGCACCGACCAAAACAAAGUCCCCAGGACCUGUGAACGCGCCCAGGGCAGCCGUCCAGAAAAGACCCCCUCUGCUGGAGCUGGAGGGGAAGAAAUGGAGGGUGGAGAACUUUGAGGAGAGACACGACCUGAUGAUUGAGGAGACGGAGCUAAAACAAGUGGCCUACGUCUUCGACUGUAACAACUCUACCCUGCAGAUUAAGGGCAAAAUUAACUCCAUCAUUAUUGACAACUGCAAGAAGCUGGCUCUGGUUUUUGAGAACGUAGUUGGGAUUGUGGAGAUCAUAAACUCCAAGGCAAUUCAGUUACAGGUGUUGGGAAAAGUUCCCACUAUUUCCAUCAACACUACAGAGGGCUGCCAGGUCUACCUGAGUAAAGACUCCAUCAACUGCGACAUCGUCAGUGCCAAGAGCUCUGCGAUGAACAUCCUGGUACCGCAAGAUGACGACUAUAGGGAGUUUCCAGUACCGGAGCAGUUCAAGACUGUUUGGGACGGCUCCAAACUGGUGACAGAGCCCACUGAGAUGGCAGGCUGAUGCUUCAUCGUCUUUAACUGUUAUUAUUUUUUUAUCUCUCCGUCUAAGAUAUAAAAGGGAUUACUGCAACAGAUUAACAUUUGGUCCGCUUGUCGUUCCUGUAUUUGUGAUUUCAUAUCUCUCCAGCACUUCUGCUUAAGAUGAACCAGUGAGUAGUGAUGAUUAUCCCUUUCUACAAAACACAUCCCCACAGAAUGAAUGGACAUCUCAGGCUUAAUGUCCCACACAUCUAAAGUCUUCACAUUGUAUUACAUGUCUGUGCUAUAGCAAUAAAGGCAUUUAUGUAAGAAUAUGUAUCUGUUGAAAUAUGAAGUAAUUAUAUUUCAACAUUAUUAUGACUGUACUCCAUCUAUUCACCGUAUGCGAGUAGAAGCACAAUUUAGACCACAGCAGUUACACAGAAAAGAUUACAGAACAUGCACAUAAGACAUUUAGUGGCCAAGUUUGGGAAUAUUUCGUAUAUAUUUUCUAAGUGUAUUUAAUUAUCACUUUAAACGAGUAUAGUGCAUGUUAGUCAUGUUGCACUUAGUGAAGUUUAUGCAACGCUGUUCACUAUAUUUUGCAUUUACGGGGCAGAUGUCACAGUCCUGCUAGUGUAUGUGCAGUAUAAUCAGCUGACAGAUGUAACAAUGUUCUGCUGGAAGCAUUACAUCAAUCUAAAAUAAUUAAAUACUUGGCUACUAAUUUCUCUGAAUAUUUAGAAAUCAAGUAACAAGCACUGCAUUUGUACACCUUUAAAAACAGUUGUAGUAACUUUCACACUGGAGCACUUACUACUCUCUAUAUUACUUUGUAUUAAGAUGCAUCACAUGACACUAGCAUAAGUUAGUAACGUGCAUUUCAAAACUUUUAAUUUACAUGAAACCAAAUUGAUGUAAUUGUGUAUCAUUCUUUUUUCAAAUAAAAUCAAAACCCUUCAUUCUU